AGUGGCGCAAGCGAGGUAGGCGCGGAGCCGAGCAGCUUCCUGUGUUAUUUUGCAUUUACGUUGCAGGAGGAUUUGCUCCCACCUUCGGUUGGAUUAUCGUCGUUAUCAGACAAGAUGAAAGCCGUUUCGCUCGCCCUUCUCUACCUGGGUUCUGUGUUGUUCUUCGGAGUAGAUGCAAUCAAGCUGGAUAUUGCAUCAAACUUCAAGAGGAAGUGGUCCACAAGGUUGCUGAGCCGAGCCAAGCGGGAUCUGCCAGCUCAGGUGGCUGCUGAAAACUUCCAUUGGAGCCUGCUAAAGCGAGCGGCUGAUCCAAAUGUGCGUUCUUUCAUCCGCACCCAGGAUGUGAAAGACGAGCCCGCAAUGCAGCAGCCCAGCCUGCAGACCAGACUCAUCCGUAUGAAGAGGGAACCUGCUUGCAAGUUGUCGGUAUGUGUCACACAGGACUUACUCAACCGGCUCAGCCAAUGGACCGACUCUUCCAAAGACCUCUCUGCUCCUCCCAAGAAGCUCACCAUAUCAGGCUACGGGCGCAGGCGGCGCUCUCUCGCUUUCUUGCUCCGCGGGUAGGCGUUCGCGCGGCCAGUUUGGUUGAGUUGGAGUCCACUUUGAUGCGAAUCGAUGUGUUCCCAAACUUGGAGAGGAUAAAAAGACUUGCUGCAGCCCCCUGAUGGUGAAAAGGGGAACGGGCAAAUGCCCUCCAAGGACUCAGGCUUUAGAAUACGGCAGGAACAGGUGACCAAACUUUGCACCCCUCCCUAAGUAUCUUGUGGAAUAAAGACUGGAUGGAAGCUACAGAGGCACUCUUUCGUCAAGUUAGGUGGUGGUGGUGCUGGUGACUGGCUCUUCUCUACUUCGGGGUGACUGCCCUCCCUUUCUUCCCCACAUGGAUAUGGAAUUGGCAGGUCCUUCUCUCAGGAGGGGCGUCUUGAUACUUGAAUGAUCUGGCCUGGCAAAGUGCAAUGGACUUAAUGUGUGUGAGGUGAUUUCUGCCUGCUAUUGAGUAAGGAUGAGUGAGCGAGUGAUUGCCGAUGACAGAAAUCAAUCCUAUUUAAACAAAUGGUGUUCUGUUCUUGUAUUCUUUUUAAUGACAGAGAUAUUUUUAUAUUAUAUGUAUAGACAUAGAUAUAUUGCUUAUGGGCAUUAUUUUUUUAAUUCCCAAAAUUUUGUUUCCUGACUUUUGGAUCACCCGCUGUAAAACAGUUCUAGGGGAGGAACAGUCCUUUUCAGAAUUGGCAGGAUGUGCUCUUUUAAGUUAAAUUUUGUAAUGAGAACUCUUAAAAUAUUUCACAUUCACAAUGUUAACCUAAGCAUCUUUUCUCUAAAAUAAACCCUCUCUGAGUUUUGGUGGAGGUGGCUUUCCUUGUAAGGAUCUGUUGUAAUAUCUUAGUUUAUGAUUCAGUUAUACUUUCUGUAUGAAAAGUGCAUUUUGUAAGCAUCGUGGAGACCGAUGGAAAACAAGCUACUUGUCAGGAGUGCAUUGAAAUGUGCCUCCUGUAGUUUUCACUGUAUUUAUAUUAGUCUGUUUGCCCCAUUUGAUGAAGUUAUAUUGCCAAUCUCUCCUAGGUCAAUAUGUGAAAGAAAUAA